GAAAGAAGGAAAUGGCUUGCCAAAAGAGAUGAAGAAGGAUGUAGAUCAACACAAAAGAUCAGGACCCUCUACUCGAACAACAGAUGGAAUGGUAGCUCUGUCAUGGAAUAACCACAGUGCGACUUUCUGCCACAUGCUUUCAGCCUUUAGACAGAAGGACAAAUACACAGAUGCAAUGUUGGCUUGUGAAGGCAAAUUCUACCCUGUGCACAAACUUGUUCUCUCCACCUGCAGUCAGUAUUUUGAGGAGAUGUUUGACCACACACUUGGAAAGCACCCCAUAGUCCUGUUACAAGAUGUCAAAUGUGAUGAAAUAGAGGCCCUACUGAAUUUCAUGUAUGUUGGCAUUGUGAGUGUUGCACAGAAGGAUCUUACUCGUUUUUUCAAGGUAGCAGAGCUGUUGCAGAUUAAAGGUUUAGCUGUGGCAGGUGAAGUGCAAAGAGACAAGAAUACAUUGUCAAGUUCUAACAGUAGAAAUGCCAGGCGAAGCCCCCAGUCAAGAGAGUUUGUUGAUUCUACUGAUGGCAGAGGGAGUCCACACCCAAAGAGAAGGAAACAAGAUGACACUAGCUCACCAUCACCCAUGUUAUCCUCACAUUCCAAAGACAGUGAAGAACGUUUAGAUUAUAGGACAUCAGACGACAGAUCUAGAAUAGAGUUGCAUCUAGAGCAGGUUAGAGGCAGUGAGUCUGAGACAGAGUCCCUCCAUCACAAAGGAUCUACAACUAGUAAUUCAGUGCCUGAGGAGUCUAACAUGCUUUCAGGUGUGAAGUUACAAGAACAGUCAGCCACAAGGAAUCCCUCCAUGGAUAUAAGUGAAAAUAUGAUCUACAUUAAAGAGGAAGUGUGGGAAGAUCCUGCUAUAGUCAUUAAAGAGGAAGUGUGGGAAGAUCCAGAACUAAGUCACAAUAACUCCAUCGACCCAAGUUUCACUUAUAGCAUAGCCUCAGAUAGUGCUGACCCAGACAGUCAUGAUGGAGUUCAUGAGGAGCACACAGGCACAUCUAAGGAGUUCAGUUAUCCAGGUGUUCCAGUGCAGGGAUCUCAGGAACUAGCAGAAACGGUUGUUGAGGCAUUGGCAGGACCAUCAGGCAUGCAGGAGUGGCAUAGCCACAGUUGAGAACCAGCAUAAACGGAAGUCCACCGUUGUCAGAGCAUCCACAGGCACUACAGAUGGGUGGACUCGAGGCGGGGAGUGAGGGAGGCGGAAGGGCCACACCUCAGAGGUGCAGGAUGAGAGCCUUGAGCAGCAGCGCCAAGCAACCCAAGUGUCCAUAUUGUUCCUAUUUCACUGAUAGGAAACCCCACUAUACUGUAUGAAAGUACUGCAAUGGUAAGGAAAAGAAAACAUAUGAUUAUUGAUAAUAGGCUCCAGUAAUAGGUUGUGAUAGGAAAAUGUAAUGUUAUGUCUUUUUUAGUUGGUGCAUCAGAAAGGUUAAUUUUAUAUAUUUUGCUAAUCCAAAGGAAGUUGGAAUUAUUUUUUCCACACAUUUGUUGUUUGUGCCUUUUUUUAAGAUCAUGUAUUGGGUUGUUAAGAUUAUCAUGUGGUUGAAAAACAUCAGAAUGCAUUUACGAAGCUUUAGUUCUAUGAUUUUUUUUUAUCUUUCCCUUAUUUCAAGAUGCUCUUCAUAAUUUUGGAGGAUGUAAUGCUGUUGCACACAUGAAUACCUGAUUAUAGAAAGAGGAAGAAAAUUACUUGCUUGUGAGGGCCAGUUAGAUCUCAAUUAUAAUAACUAAUAGUAGCUUUGAGAUUGGCAUUUAUUCAGGCUUAGGUCAGUGCAUACUUGUGCUGUUGCAAGUACUGUUCAUACACAUAUAAUUACUUUAAUAUACAUUGCAGAUUCAUAGGCCUUUUGUUUUUCUACAUAGAUCUGGAUAAGUUUGAAUAUUUGUUUCUUUGUAUGAUAGAUACUUGAUAACAAAUGUUUAAUUAGUGAAUCAUAACAGCUAACUGAAAUGUCAGAUUAUCUUUAUAUUUAAUCACCUUUGAAUUUCCAAUUGUGUAAUUCCUAUGUUCUGAAACAUGCUUAGAGGGUUACUCUUUAUUUUUUGCCCAUUUAUAUUUAGCGAUGCUGUGAUUAGUAUAAGUGAAAUAUGUUCUGAAAGACUGUAAAAUUUACUUCUUGUGGUAAAUAUAUGUGAAUAUAUGUUUUAUUCAUAUGAAAGUACAAUUCUUUUUACAAAUAUGGUUGUUUGUAUCGAAACCUUACAAAUUGUGAGUACUAAAAGCCUAUGUAAAUUAUAUAGUUAUUUUAAUAAAA